AUGACUUCGCACAGUACGGGUGGGCUGGCGCACUUUUCCGCGACGAGUCUCUUUGACGUUCGCGGUCUGACCGCCGUCGUCACGGGCGGCAGUUCGGGCCUCGGCCUCUACGCCGCCCAAGCGCUUGCUGCCAACGGUGCGCUCGUGUACAUCCUCGGCCGUCGCGAGGACCGUCUUUCCUCGGCCGUCGAAACCUUCCGUAUCCUCCUGCCCGACCCCGCCCAGCGCCAUUCGGGCGAUCUGGUGGCUAUCCAAGCGGAUAUCACCUCGAAGUCAUCGCUGUCGGAUGCCCGAGAGCGUAUCUCAACGGACCUUGACGCCAGGGCCAAACGGGGGAUCAAUGUUCUUAUUUGCAAUGCGGGUAUUGGGGGGAGGUUCCUUCGCUCCUACGGAUCUGAACCUACCGAUGCGGGGGAUAAGGAGCGCGAGUUUGAAGAGAUUGUCGACGAGCUUUGGUCGUUUAGCGAGUCGGAAUGCGACGACAUCCUGCGCACCAACGUCACUGGCAACUACCUCACCGCCCUCGCCUUCCUACCCCUGCUCAAAAAAGCCACAAGCGCAGAGUACAACUCGCAGACGAUUUUGAUCUCGAGCAAUGCCGCCUGGGCCAAACUGCCGAUUCUCAAUCCGGUGUACAACAUCUCCAAGACUGCAGUCUCGCAGCUCGGGCAGAUUCUGUCGACCAUGUUCGCGACGCACAUGCUCAGGACCAACAUCAUCGAACCGGGACUCUACCCCUCGGACCUCACCAGCACCGAACCGACCGAUCAAUCCACGGGACACAAGACCCUCAGCCAUACAAACGGCGCUGAUAUCCCCGUGGGCAGGUGUGGUCAGCCGAGAGAACAUGCUGCCGCCGUGCUGUACCUCGCCUCGAGGGCGAGUAACUUUGCCAACGGCACCACCAUGCGUGUUGACGGUGGCGCCCUCCAACGCAUCCCGGCUUCCGACUAG